AUGGUGACAGAGGAACAAAUAUCGGAAGCGGUGUCGUCUCUGCUGAGCGAAUCGAUUCCAAGCCGGCGAAGCUUCACGACGCUGGACCAGGUGGUGGAGGAGCUUCAGGCCAAGCUCGGCCACGACCUCUCUCACAAGCUCGAUUUCAUCACGUCGCAGAUCAGCCUCCUCGUUGGAUCCCAACCACAACCACCACAACCUCCGCCACAAAACGCGCAGAGGCAGUUACAGCAGCCGAAAGACCGAUUUGCCCCUCCGCCAAACCCUAAUUUUCACUCUGUCCCUGUCAGUUCCGGCUUCCAGGCUCCCAAAUUCCCUUCUUCUAACGCUGUCGUAGCCACUGCUACUGAUACUUCGCGCGUCGAAGCUCCUCCUGUUCCUGCAACUACUACUGCUCCUGCUCCUGCUCCUGCUGCGGCUGCUGUUAAGGAGGUUCCGAAGGAAAGUACUCAAACUAAGGUGAAGAGAAGAGGUGGCCCGGGAGGUCUCACCAAACUUUGUGGUGUAUCGCCUGAACUUCAGGUCAUUGUUGGCCAGCCAGCACUGUCGAGGACUGAGAUUGUCAAGCAACUGUGGGCUUACAUAAGGAAAAACAAUCUUCAAGAUCCUAGCAACAAAAGGAAAAUAAUUUGCAACGAUGAGCUGCGUGUGGUUUUUGAGACUGAUUGUACUGAUAUGUUCAAGAUGAACAAAUUGCUAGCUAAACACAUUAUCCCCCUUGAACCAACCAAAAAACCUGUUCCAAAGAAGCAGAAGGUAGAUCUGGACUCAGGAAAAAGAAGUGCUGAACCUACACCCUCUGUAAUAAUAUCUGAUGCACUUGCUAAUUUUUUUGGCAUUACUGGAAGGGAGAUGCUACAGUCUGAGGUUCUGAGACGUAUCUGGGAAUACAUAAAAGUCAACCAGCUAGAGGAUCCUAUGAAUCCGAUGGCAAUACUUUGUGAUGUGAAGCUUCAGGAGAUCUUUGGCUGUGAAAGCAUUUCAGCAUUGGGGAUACCUGAAGUUCUGGGCCGUCAUCAUAUUUUUAGGAGUUCAUGA